CAUCCCAAAAUGUUUACCAUUAAUAUUAAAAAUAACAUUAUAGCUAAUAAAACAGAAAUUGAGUUAUUUCGUAAAAGAUGGACAGUAGCUCUCUAGAAUGAGCUGCAGAGGUGUGUUUGUCCAGUAGUAGGGUGGGCGGGGUUACACAGACAAUAAACAAUAAACCAAUCCCGGCAGAGAUGGGCGGGAUCUGUCUGAUUACGGGUGGGAAAUAAACACAGAUCUUUGACAGUAAGUUAAUCCAUUUAAUGUGUUGUAGUUCUUCAUUAAAUCCGCUCAUUCAUGAAAACCUGGAGACAAGCAGCAGCUACACUCAUCUGAGAUUAGCGGACAGAAACCGGAGCAAUGAGCAGAGCUGAGGGCAUCUUCCUCACCAUGUGGGUUCUUCUCCUCCUCAUCAUCUCCACAGCCCCUCUCGUAGACGCAAGUUCAGAGAAAUCGGGGGACCAAAGUGAAGAAAAGCGAGAGUUGCUUGGAGUUCUACAGAAAGUGCUUGAAAAACUGCAGAACAGAAGAACCGUAACAUGGGAGAGAAGACACAGCCGCUUGCCAGGAUGCAACAUUGGGGAUUUCUGUACAGUGAAGAAAGGCUCUCGCUUUGGUCAGCUCUGUGACUGUCCAAGAGGAUCCAAGUGCAAUCUGUUCUUCCUGAAAUGCUUGUGAAGGGAGGAAUAAAUGGAAACUGUCAUUCAUGCUGCUUAAGAUUUUACCCCUCAGAAAUGAACCUUAGGGAGAUUCACUGAUGUUGGUAAAUCUGAUGUUAUUUUUGAUCACUUCAUUUUUCUAAGCUUUUAUACCAGUUUACCAAAGAUUUAUAAGAAUAUGU